GUUUCCACAAUACCAUAUAUUUGUUUUUGAUGCGACUUUAUCCUACCUUUUCCGUGUAUUGGGAUCGGGACAAAGAUGACGAAAAUAUGGUGUUGAGAGCAAUUUUAAAGUACUUGGCCAAUCACCCUCAAUUAGUAGAUUCGCUUGCAGAAUCUAGAUUUAUGAGAAGACUGGCACAGAUGACUGCAUAUGGAAUUAAUAAAGCUAAUGAAAUUGGUCAUGAAGCAUUAGACAAAGCUGCCGAGUCUGAAACGCUGAAGAAGAUGGCAGAUGAACCCCAUGAGCCUCAAGGUGACCUGUCAUCAUUUGGGAAAACCUUUGCUAAGGAGCUGAAGCAAGAAAUGGACAAGGCGAGGGAAGAUGCAAAAAAGAUUAAAUGACCAUGGUGGACAGACAGCUAGAGGUAUAGGAAAGGACCCAGAAGCUUGAUAUUGUGACGAUAUUGGUCAUUAAGAUUAGAGAGAACUGUAAGGUGUCAGAUGUGACAGAAAUUUCAGGAGUCACAUUUUGUUCAUCAGAGUUCCCACAUAGGAGGUUGACCAAACACUUGUGCUUAUAAUAAUUUUUUUUUAAAUGCCCCAUGAGUGAAGGAAGCAGAAUGGUGUUUAUUCACCUCUGACGAAAUGAAUCGUGCUAUUAGGACCCGACUUCUAUAUCAAAAUGGAAUACUUUUGCAAAAUUGUUAGGAAAUUUUAAGAUGUAGAAGUAUAUAACUCCAGAUUGAAGAGGAGGGGUGGGGGGGGGGGGGGGCUCUGGAUGAAUAGUUUUCUUGCUGACAUUAUGGGGGGUGAGUGUGAUUUAGCCUUAGAAAUGUGGCAUUAUCGUGAUAUUGGGAACCACCGUUCACUUCAUUAUUUCAUACAGCAGUUUUAUACAGCAGUUUUAUUCAGUCACGCAUGGUUCCCCAUUUCCACCUCCAUUCACUUCGUACACAAGUGCACGUACACAAAUCUACGAGUGGUUCCCCAAAACACGAUUUGGCCAGAAAUGUUCUAGAUAGUUAAAUAUUUUAAGUUUCAAGAUGGUCUGUGUGAGUUACCCAAUUCAGUGGGCUGUUUGAAAUAAACAGCUGCUAGGAACCCCCCCCCCCCCCCC